AUGUCGGAGGAACGAGUGGAAAUGGCCGUUCGUGAAGAUGAAAACAAGGCCGAGGAAGUGCAGAAGGUCAAGACCGACAAGUUGGUGAAGUCCGACGCCAUAGAUCAGGAGCCGGAGAACGAGGUGGUCGAGAAUGGAGAGGAAGGAAACAGUAAUAGCAGCUCAAAUUCGUCGGGUUCUAGUGAUGGCGCCGUCCCUUCGACAUCAGAACUGAGUGCAGACAGACUGAAUGACAUUCAGAUUGCGAGAGUGAGUCGAUUUUUUUUUAUUUUUUCUUGAUUUUUAGGCCUUCUUCUCAUGGAUAAUAUAAUUUUGUCCGUAAAAUCGCGGUUUUCCCACAAUAAUUGCAACUUUCUUACAGAACAGCACCAACAGAGUCAAACUCUACGUGCUGUGCGAUCAGCGGAUCUGGGACGAUCGAGGCACCGGCCAUGUCGCAUGUGUCCAAUACCCAGACGAUCCGGCCACUUGGUGCAUUGUGGUGCGUCUCGAGGCAACAGGUAAUUCGGCAGUCUCAACUCCUGACGUCUUUAAAGAAAAGAACGUUUUGGAGAGCCCGGUGCAUCGAGAUACCGUGUAUCAACGACAGCAGGGCACUCUGAUCGUGUGGUCCGAGUCGGAAUCGUGCGACCUGGCCCUCUCAUUCCAAGAAAAGAAUGGAUGUACGGCGAUUUGGGACCGGAUAUGUCAGAUCCAGGGCAAGGAUCCGGAUGCGGACGAAGAGGCGGACAUUGACGAUCAGCAGAGCGACUCCUCUAAUUCGAACGGAUCCCUUUCGGCGGGGCCGAGCAUCUCCAUUCCAACAUGCACGCUGGCCAAUCUACAGGACAUUGAGACCUUGCUCAGCGGCCAUAUGAGCAGUCCGUCGUCGAGAGAGCGAAUGGCGUCCAGUCUGCAAAGUCAAGGGUAAGAUUUUGAUAAAAAUUAUUUUUUCUUCACAUUUAGGCGACUUCUGUAUCUAAAAUCUGUCUUCAGAUACAUCCCCAAACUCUGCGACCUCUUCAAAAUUUGCGAAGACAUGGAGAGCGAAAAGCAUUUGCAUUCCUUCUACAAUAUCGCCAAGAACAUGUUCCUUCUGAAUAGUAAUAUGAUUCUGAACGAAUUACUGGAUGAGAAGUACUUUUACUCAGUGGUCGGCAUGCUCGAAUAUGACCCAACGAAUGGCCCAAAGAAGCAUCGAGAAUUUCUGUAUGAGAAGUCCAAGUUUAGAGAGGUUUUGCCAAUUAAAACUGAGGAAUUGAAGAAGAAAAUUCAAAUGACAUAUCGGGCACAGUAUGUCCAAGUAAGUUGAGGGAUGAUUUUGUUGAAGAAAGAGGAGAUUUUCAGAUUUUUGGCGGUUUGAGGGAGAUUUUUUAUAUUGUUUUAGGUGUUUUUCAUGAUUUUUGGGGAUUUUUGAUGCUGUGGUCCAAGUUUUGGCUAAUUUUUCGUAUUUUAGGACGUCUGCCUGCCAGCACCAUCGCUGUUCGAGGAGAAUCUGCUGACCUGCCUGAGCAGCCAUUUGUUUUUCUCGCGGGCGGAGAUCGUCUCGGCGCUGUUGGUAAGAAGAAAAAGAAAAGGAAGACGUUUUUUGGUUUCGAAAUUGUCGAAUUUUUUGUCCUUUUUUGUGCGACUGAAAAUUGAAUUAUUCAACGAUGAGACUGCCGCCUUCUUUCCUUCCUCACUCUGUCUCCACAUGAACACUAAUCAUUUUUCAGAACGACAAGGAAUUGAUGCGACAGCUCUUCGAUGAGCUCAAGGACCCCAAAACACCGCAAAUCCGACGCCGCGACCUCACCAAGUUCUUGAAGGAGUUCUGCUCCUUCGUCCACUCCCUGCAGGCCUCGGGCGGCGGCCGUGAACAGUUCUUCAAGACCAUCCUGAAUCAGGAAAUGCUCGCCGGAAUCGACCUGUGCAUCUCAUCGCCGUAUCCCAGCACCAGAGUCGCUUGCAUUGAUGUCAUCAGCAUGAUUAUUGACUAUAAUCCCAUUUUUAUGAGGGAUUUCCUCUUCAAACAGGCCAAAAGCAUCCCCGAGGACAAACCGGUAAGCUGAAUUUUUUUUUUUUUUGGAUUUUUCCGUUUUUAGGAUGAUGUUCUCCUAAACAAGAUUGUGAAGCUGAUCAUGCUCGACAAGGACCCCGAACUCACCACCGCCAAUAAUAUUUCGCUGCUGAUCCGGAACUUGCUGGACGCGGAGAGCAUUGUUACGUUGGCUGCGGUGGCCCGCACCUCGCCCAGAAGUUUGUUGGACAAGCAGAGCUCGGGCAAGGGAGAAAAGACGGACUUCUUUUUUAUGUUUUACCAAAGAGUGAUCGACACUUUGGUGCAGCCAUUAUUCGUCAAUAUUAAGGAUGGAAAUAUUAUUAGAGGUAAUUUUUUGGGGUGAUUUUGGGGAUUUUUUAUAUUGUACAUGGUAUUUUGAGGUAUGAAAUGAUUUUUUGAAAUAGUUCUGGUAUUUUUGCGAUGAUUUUGAGAUGAUUUUUUAUAUUACACAUGAGACUUGAUGUCUAAAAUUACGGUUUUUGAUAUGAAUUCUAAUAUUUUUUCCUUCCAGAUGACUAUUACCGCGCCAAUCAGAUGGCCCUGAUCCUGGAACUUCUCAGUUUUUGCGUGGAAAACCACAUGCAGUCGAUGCGGAACUUCGUGAUCGCCAAGGAUCUGCUGUCCACGGUCGCCGUUUUCCUGAAAUCGAAGCAUCAGUUCAUGGCACUGUGUGCCCUGAGGGUCAUCCGCAAGGUGGUCCAGCACGAAGACGAGGCCUACAUCAAGUAUAUCGUGGAGAAGAAGGUGGUCGAUCCGAUUGUGGAGGCCCUGCUGACGAACGGAAACAGAUACAACCUGAUGAACUCGGCCAUCCUCGAGUUUUUUGAUUUUAUUCUGGCCCGACAUGUAAGUACUGGUUGUUGGGUGGUGGAUUUUGAGGGUUCCAGGACUUAUGGGAAGUCGCAGGAGUGAUUUUUGCGACGUGCACUGUGCGAAAAUAAAAGUUCUCUUUGCACUGUGCAAUUUGUUGCUUUUUGCACCGUGCAAUAGGCUUUUUUCGGUUGUCGCUCGCACCUGGAAGUUUUUUUGCACAGUGCAAAAGAAAAAAGUCGGACCAGCGACAUGUACUGUGCGAAAACAAAAGUUCAAUUUGCACAGUGAAGAAGAAAAAAGUCGGACCAGCGCACGCACUGUGCGAAAAUAAAAGUUUUUUUUGCACUGUGCAAUUUAUUGGGUUUUGCACUGUGCAAGAGCCUUUUUUUCGGUUGUCGCUCGCACCCUGACCUUUUUUUGCACAGUGCAAAAGAAAAGUCGGACCAGCGACACGCACUGUGCGAAAACAAAAUUUCAAUUUGCACUGUGCAAUUUCUUGCUUUUCUCACCCAGGCUUUUGUUGCACAGUGCAAACGAAAAAUCAGACCAGCGACAUGCACUGGGCGAAAACAAAAUUUCGACUUGCACUGUGCAAUUUCUUGCUUUUCUCACCCUGACUUUUUUUUGCACAGUGCAAAUGAAAUAUCGGACCAGCGACAUGCACUGUGCGAAAAUAAAAGUUCAACUUGCACUGUGCAAUUUCUUGCUUUUUGCACCGUGCAAUUGCUUCUUUUUUCGGUUGUCGCUCGCACCCUGGCUUUUUUGCACAGUGCAAAAACCAAAAAUCAGUCCGGCAUCUUUAUGAAAGUCUCUAAAAUAAGGUAAAAUGUGUUAAUUUCUUUGGUUUUUUAGCAAUCAGUCGUCCCUCUGUUGAAAUACACCGUCGAAAAUCACUUUGAGACCCUGAAGGAGAUUGAAUAUGUCCAGUUGUUCAAGCAGAUGAAGAUCCGCCAUGAUGCGUUGGAGAACUGCAAGGUGGACAUUGGAAGCUCGAUGAGUUCGGAGGAGUCGCCGGUGCGACGACUGCCUACCCAAUGGUCCAAGGAAAGGGACUACGACAAUGACGAGCUGUUCUUCUCCAAGGACGAUGAAGAUGAGGAGGAAGAGGAGGAGGAAACCGACUUUACCCGAAGAUCUCCGCAAAGAAAGAGCGGCAUGGAGCCAAUGUACCCGUCGGUGGCGAAGAGGAAAUGUAAGGGAGUUUUGAGGGGUUUUGGGAGACUUUUUUAUAUUAUACUAGGUCAGCUGGGGUCAUGAUUGAAUAUAAUGUUAUAUAAUCUGAUGAAUUUUAGUGAACUCGGACGAAGAAGGUGUUGCCUCGAUCUUUGGCGGCUCCCUCUCCCCAUCCAUCUCAUCCUCCAGCCGCAAAAUCCUCAUCAAAGUCGCCAGUGACCGUCUGGACACCCCAUCCCCACCUCCAGAGAAUGAUGAAGAAAAUGGAAGCACCGUGAACGUUGCUCCCGUCCAGUUCGGCUCGAACUCGGCCCCGGUCUCGCCCCUGGUCACCUCGUCGGUAUCGGCCACGGAGCCGGAAAGAAAACGCCCAAGAUUCAACUCGUCCCCAGCCACGAACUCGGCCCACAAUACCACUCCAAGACCGGCGUCGGCGGGAAUGAGAAGAGCCAUGUUCAAUAUGAAUCGAAGCGUUUCGACCACAAGAUCUCCCAACUCGAGCCCUCAAAGAGCUGGAAAUGGAGAACUGGAGUUUGACAAGCCGAUUAUUGUAAAAGUAAGUGGUUUUGAAGAUUAUUGAAUUUUGUCUUUAGAGCUUGGUGGAUUACGAUGAAAGUGAUGAUGAUGAAGAUGAUGAGAAUGAGGAAGUGGAGAAGAAAGAAAAUGGCAAAGGAAAGCCUCAAAAGCAAGAGAAAGUAGUCACCGAACCGUCGAGCAGCACGGAGGUGGGUGUUUUUUGAUGGGUGCAGACCAAGUGUAAUAUAAUUUUUUUGGGGAUUUGUCGAGAAUUUGAUUGUUUUGAGGGUUUUUAGACGGUAUAAAUGAAGAAAAUGAUUUUAGUCGCCCGAAAAGCCAAAGGAGAACGGCCUGAACCACCGGAAUCACUCGCCCGACUCGACGUCCGACCUGCCCGAAAACGAUAUCCAGUCCAACCAGAUCACCGCCUCAACCGACGCUGUCGACCAGUCCGGCGACUUCCAGGCCAAGAUCCUGAAAGAGGGCGAGCGCCUGCCGCAGCAGCAGCAGCACGAAGCCGAGAUCCAGACGACGUCCGUUUAA